AACGGUAUUACACUCUGGCCCAAACUCUCUUAUUUGCCGCCUCUGCUUUCGACGACAAUGGGGUUUCCUCUCCUCAUCGGACAGUUCCGUCGGCGCCGCCGAGCUCGCACGGCGAGGCUGACCACUGCUCGAUAUCCUAACUCCAACCCAGCCAACUCCCACCCGUAGACCCUAAUUCUAAGGCAGCCUAAUCCCUCGCCAUGGAGGAUUCCCUCGUGCCGCCUGUGCCUCCUGCCCCAACCACCCUUUUCCUCACUCGCCGGCGAUCACAUCUCGACAGCGCCUCCUACCGCACGCUCUCCCGGCUCUUCUCCCACUGCCUCCACCAUCGCCCCUCGCAGCUCGCUGCCCCGGCGCCCCUGGAAGUCGAGCCCGCCGCUGCGAACCCUAUAUGCGACGAGUCGCCACAGGGGUGCUCGGUACCGCCUGAAGACGCCGAGUCUGAACGGGGAAAGGACUUAGGAGAAGAGGAGACUGCGGUAAGGACUUCUGUCAUCGAGAACCCCUCACCCGCGGCAGUCGAUGCAGCCACCGGUAACCCUAUUGCAGACCCGGCUGUGGCACCACAGAGAUACAUGGAGCAUCAAGUGGCCGGGGUUCAGCGGGUGGAGGGCGUAACAGAUAUGGUUGUUGGGGGAAACGUCUGCCGUGAGACAGUUGCGUUACUGGAGGAGUUGGGGGCAGAGGAUGUUUUGAGGUCGAUGAAGGAUUGUUUGGAGGGGGAGGUUGACGAAUUGGCAGAGCCAGGUGUAGUGGUGGUCAAUGAUGAUGAACAUCUGCUGCUUGAUACGAUGAUGACCAACUUCUCAGGGUUGAUUGCUGAUGCCAGUGGCGGCACAACGUCAAUGCUGAACUACGGGGUUUCUGGAGGUGAACCACACAAUGAUGGCAACAUAGCUGAGGGGGUGAAAGAAUUGGGAGCUGGAACUGAAGAAGACAGACCUAUGGGUGAUUCAGAUCAGCACUCAGUUGAUGGUGGCGUGGUUGAGGAAGGAGAGAUUGAGGGUGACAUGCAGGCUCUGGAUGUAGAUGAAUCUGAUGAUUCGGAGCUCGAAGAUGCAGAUGAUGAGGAAUUGGGAGAGGAUUUUGCUAACAGAGUGUUGGGGGAGAAUGAAUCAUCUGGCCAGGACAUACGGUGUCUGAAUUUGCUUUCAACGCCUAAAAUUAAAGGAACCAGCGAUCUUGUACUGAACAAGGAAGGUUAUAUCAAGGAUGAUGCACUAAAGCAUGUUACCAGGGCGCAGGCUGUCAGUUAUGAUGAAAUUGUGGAAUGGAAUGAGACACCACUGCCUGAUACUGAGGCUCCCAAACCAGGGAAGAGAAAACGGCAUUUGACAGAGGAAAGAAAGGCUAAGAAGACGAAAAACAAACGGGUUAAGAGAGCACAGCAGCGGAUAGCGGAUGGUGUGAAAAGGCUGAAACUUGCACCAGUUAUAAAGCCGAAACCAGUGAAGUUAUGCCACUUCUACAUGCAUGGGAAGUGCCAGCAGGGCAAUGCUUGCAAGUUCUCACAUGAUACUACACCUUUGACAAAAUCUAAGCCCUGCACACAUUUUGCGCGCGGUUCUUGUUUGAAAGGAGAUGAUUGUCCCUAUGAUCAUGAGUUGUCAAAGUACCCUUGCCACAACUUUGUGGAAAAUGGAAUGUGCUUCAGAGGUGAUAAAUGCAAAUUUUCUCAUGUGGUGCCAACUGCAGAUGGUCCUUCCAAACCAGAUGCAAAGAAAUCUGAUGCGUCAUUGGUGUCUGAAAAACCCGGCAGAGAGCAAACAAGUAGUCAGAAAGCAUCAACGGUCCAUGAUGGCGAACGUGUAACUUCUGCUCCUACCAAACAUUACUCCAUCCUUAAAAAUCUUGCCGGCAUCUCAGUAAAUGCUCUAAAAGCAUCAACCGGUACACCAAAGGGUGUACAGUUUCGUCCUUCCAGUAAAGACAGAUCAAAUUCUAGCAUGCUGCAUCAGGAUGCUCUACCCAUCGAGAAGCAUAUGUAUACAAAUGGCAGUAAACAUCAGAAUUUUGGUGGACCGCAGGCUGAAGAAGGGGACAAAAAUGGCAUUCCAAAUAAACAGAGAUCAGCUCCACUGUUCGAUGAGAAGAACUCAUCAAAAGAAGCUAGUUCACAUCCAAGUUCAGACCCAGAGAGAACUAGUUUGCCUACUGGCUCUACUACAGUGCUUGGAUCACUCAGCACUCAGCACGAAGUUUCAGAGGCUUCAAGAAUUUUGCAGGAAUUCCUAUUUGGCGCUGGCAGUUAGAGGAAAGUAUGAAUACACUACUCUGCCUUUGAUACCUGUAGACUACACAUAGUACUAGUUCUUUUUACCUCUGCAGUAUGAGUUCAUGCCAUGAGUGUGCGGCUUGUUUUGGUACUUUUGGCUCUGUUUCCAUUUUGUAAUUGCAUAUUGCAACUGCUAUUUUUGGUAGAUCAACAUAAGUAUAAUAUUGCAGUGAUGCGUAUAGUUUUUGGUUACCAAGAAAGUUCACAAACUUAUUUUGCAGAAUUAGGCUAAGUGCCACCGUGGGUACAUGAAGAUUCGUUAUUAUCCAGUCAACUCACUUCCAACUGCAUAUGGUACUUCCAUUUAGUAAAUCAUUUGUAGCAUUAGAUCUAAGCUUACUGGUAUGAUAAAUGCCUUCCUGAAUCGGUGCUUUGAUGAGUCAUCUCUCACAUAUGAUUCAUUUUAACCACGCUUUGGAAGUUGCUCUGAGUUUAAUGAGUGUGCGGAUUUUUAAAUGUUACCUUGUCGUAGUUGAGGUGUUAGUAAUUUUUAGUUCAUUUUGUUGAAUCUUGAUACUUGAUACCACUAAUUUAGUGAUGAAUUUUACAUCUGUGGUAAUAGUAUUAGAGCAUCUACAACCACGGAUAGCUAAUCCGAGCCCCUAUACGCCCGCGGACAGUGACCAGACGAGCAUCAAAACUUGGCAUUUGCAACCACGGUCCCUGUUUUCAAAACACCAAAUCCAUGCAAACACAUGCACGUCGAUCAUUUUGGACAAACAUAGCUUAGUGCACACAAAUACAAAUAGUUCAUAAUUAAUAGUACAUAAUCCAAACAUAGUUCAAACAUAAAUAUUGUUCAUAGUGCAUAACUAAUAAAAUAAAAGACAAGUUUACUGAUUUCCAGUGUGGUCCACAUUUGCUCGACAAGAUCACCCAGAAGUUGCAUAUACACUUGUUGAUCUCGCAGCUGUGGAUGCUCAUCAUCAUCAUCAUCAUCAUUUCGGCAUCCUCAUCCUCCGAAUCAGAUGACGCGAUGAACUCGUUGAAUAUGAAUUCAUCUAGAUCAUUGUUUCCAUCGCCAUCAUUCCACGACGAUUCCAUUGGUGACCUAGAAGUAAUGACCGAAAGAAUAAAAAACCGGCUCGGACAUUCAUCGAACACGUAGAGCGCGGGGUGAAAGUAUGGUGGAGUUUGACGUACCGGGGCGGCGUUCGGUGGCGGCCUGGUCGGCGGCGGUGUGCGUUGGGGCGUCCGAUGGCGAAGCCAUGAGUUGGGAAUGGCGGCGAAGCACCGAUAGCGGCGGAACUCCGGUGCGGCUGUGCGGAGGAGGGAGAACAGAGAAGAGGAGAGGGCUUCUCGGGCAAGGAGAGGGGAGGCGGAUAUGAGUGAAUUGAGCGGGCCCUAGUGGUCAGCCCGACGUGGUGGGCGCGUCCGGGCGUCCCCAUAUCCUCCCCAUAUUUGGGCCGGAUAUGGGGAGUGCCGGUCAGUUCGGGCGUUUGGGUUGGCUAUGGGGAGGCUGGUUGGGUGGCGUUUUUCCGUCCGGGGACAGCCAGUCCAGGCGUUUGGGGCGGGUAUUCGGAGCCCGGUUGUAGAUGCUCUUAUAUUAUGUUUUUUGACUUGGCAUUGCUUACUGCCGCCCAAGUAUAAUUUUGACCAUGAGUUGUAUCAUAAUUAUUUGAAACCGUUGGGCAAGUGAUUGGUCCAGCGGCUGGUUGCUGGUGCAACCGAUCGCUGAAAUAGUCUAAAAGAACAGUUCAAUGAUGUUAUGUUUAAAUAUUUAUCUACUAAUUAAUUCAGUUUUCAUUUGUAUGACAUAGUAGACCGCUGAUAUAAGUUGUAGUUCUUUCUCUGGAAGCACUGAAGCGUUCUGCCACCUGUUUUCUUGGGUCCUUGGAGAGCAUUUGUAGUGGAGGGGCAGUCUUUGGUACCGGUUUUCACUAAUUCUACAGGCGGCCUAAUUUCAUGAAGAGUUUUUGCGACAAUAUAUGUUCAUGGUAUAAAAAUUGUGAGAUUGUUCAAGUAUUUUCCUUUUAUGACCAAUUUACUUCUUCACUUAUGAUUUGUGAGACAAAUUCAAAGAUUAAAAACCAAUGUUUGGGUGCAUUCUUCCCACGGCAACAUGUUCUCUCAGACCAGUUCACAAGUAUUAGCUUUCCUUGUCAAACAAAGCAUUAGCUUUCAUCCAAGAUUUUUUGUGUGGAAAAAUAUUUAUCUGCAGAGCCUUGUGGAGAUCUUGAACCAGAUCUCGUUAAUUUUUUCCCUUGACUAUUGAUUGAGUGCUAAAUUAUCUGCUGUGUUGGCAUGUGAUCUAAUGCUGUUUUGGUUCACAAGGCAAAGCAGUGGAGAUUUGAGGUGUCAUUAUUCAGUUCCUAACAAAGGCUGCUUUCUAAGGCACCUCGGGUCGAUUCAGUACACACACAUUUCUUUCUGUUGGGCUGUCUGUAGAAAGAUGCCAUACCGUGCACUAAAUGAUUUCGAGCUGCUCUUCUAUCAGUAUCUCAAGUAUCCAAUGUGCUUAUCAGAUGUGGAGAAAAGAAAAAAAAUCCAUCUUUUUCUGCCUUCAGGCCCUCCGGACUAGAGUCCAGGCAAAGAGAGCAUUACUGGUGUCUGGUGUUGGCCUGGUGCAUUGGAUGUUUGAACUUGCAUGCGCAUGCAUGCAGUACCCGGGAUUAUCACUUGGUUGAGAAUUGCUUGCGGAACUAGUCUGGAGACUCUGGGACACAGGGGCAGGCAGAAUCAAAGGUGUCCCAGGUAUGAGCUGGACUGCGUAUGAUUGUUUUUGCUUCAUUUCAAGCUUCCCUCCGACCUGCCCCGUGCCUACUCGCUGUCAAACUCACAGCUGUUGUCGCAUCAAUUCAGAAUUACAUUCACAUGAUCACUGAGGAGGCUCACAUGGCGUUUUAUCACCUCCAGAUUUGUCGCAGACAUCUGAGUUUACGCUCCAUGGUGACUCUUAACUGCCUAUCUCAUUACUCAGUCAGAGUUUUUCUUCUAAUGAUGAUGAUGCCCUUUAAACCGUGUUAUUUCGUCAUGCUGCUCAUGUCAGUUUUGAGUGGCUUGUGCCCGAGGUGCAAUUUGUUAUCUUGGUACUGGAAUAGCUCUAUCGCACUCGUGAAAUUAACUGAUUCAAAGGUUUUGAGUGGCUUGUACACCUGAACCUGUAUGUGUUGCUUGUCAUGGGGACUGGAUAAAGUGUGAACCUGGUGAAAGCCCCCCCUCCCUGAGGAUGUGAUGGACUGAUAGGUAGCCACUUUGUUGCUUUCCUCCUAUGAUAAAUACUCUCCCUUAGUUGGAAAACAAAUGCAUAUUUACCAGUACUUCAGGGCCUUUCUAUAUACACCAUUCAUGGAGGAUUUGUUACCAUCUACACCUAAGGCUCUGUUUGGAUUAUCGUUUUCCUUUUGAAUACCCCUAUAAAAAAUACAGAUCUCGAGCCGUCGUAUUGUUUCUGGCCAGGAAUUGCUCAGUGGCCGUUGAGAUACACCUGUAAGUUAAACACCUCCGUAUAAAAUUACAUUGAUCCCAAGCGUGGCCUAACUGUGGUGUAAGGGGAUAUGGCGAAAUAUGGUUGACCAGAAAAAUAUAGUAUGUAUGUAACCUUUUGUACCCAGCAUUUUGUGUGCAUAUCAGCUGGAAGAGCAAAAGACAAGCAACUACUCCAUCCUUUUCAAAAUUUAGGUGUGUUUUGAUAUGUUAAGGAAAGCCUUUGAUCAACAGUUCUUAUAUUAACUCCUAUGUGUUCUUUUGUGAUGCAAAUCACAAUCAUAUUUGAGUAUUGUUGAAUACAAAUCUAAUGAUAUAAAAAUAUGUUACGUAAACCACAUAUAUUAAUAAAGUAAGUAUUGGUUGUUAAUAAAUCAAAACAUGUCUUAUAUUUUGAAACAGAAGGAGUUUGCAUGAUUUUUUAAAAUAAAUAGAUAAUUAAAAUAACUCAUACUGCUCACUCAUCGUGUAAUUCUCCUCCGGCGUCAUGUACAGCUCCUCGUUCUCGACUAAUCGCUGUCAAGCUAUGUUCCCCAGUUUGCAACCAUCUCUACAUGGGGAAUGACAAUCCCCAGCAAACUUCGUUUGUUUUGUUGCCACCAUUUUCUGGCCAUAUGUAGUCAGCCAUGCCAUACUCUAUUGCAAAGUCCAUAUAAAUAAGUUCGCCUGACAAAAUCUAUUUCGCUAUUCAGAGUAAUCAUGUCGCCAAUCAGUAUACAGUUUUGUUGAAUUAUACUACUCUCUCUUUCCCAUAAUAUAAGAUGUUUUUUCUAAUUGUGUAGUGGUGAACUCUUUAUCUGAUUAUUAAGGCUACAGCUUGUUGCUGACUUUUAUCAACGAUUGUACAACGCACCGACAAAUGAUUUGUCAUUUGACAGGAUUGAUACCUCCUUUUUUCUUUUACCUUGUUACAUUUGACAUGGACUCUUAACAUCUUGUUGUCCUGAUCCCAUCUUCAUUGCUGAUGAUGGCAAUAUCGUUUCAUUGAGCUGCUUUUGUUUCAUAGGACCAAAUUGUUCAGCAGACUGCCAUAUGCUAGUUUUUUUUUCCAAUGAUGCCAAAUCUGACAUUGAGUCGUCGGAGUCGCUGUUUGACACAGCUUUGCUGCUUGUCUUUCUCAUCUUAGCACGGUCACAUACAUAAAUCCUGCACAGGGAGUACUCAGGCUGGCUGACAAAAACAACACCUCUUGAGUGAUCUGAUUCAUCAAACUGGCAGCCUCCCUCAGCAAACAGGGAACCCCUGCAUCCGUUCAGUUCAUGUCCAGAGACCAAGGCCUCCGAAUUCAGCCGGCACACCCUCUGUUGAAUUGCUAAUAGGACCAUUCCUGCAUGUACUGCAAUUCACUGUUCUUGAAUUAUCUCAGUAAUGGACUGAGUCAAUGCCAACAGGAAGAAUGAUGAGGUGGAAUCCACGGACACGGUUGGAAAAUCUUAAGACUUUGUUCGUGGCUGUUCUGCCCGGCCGUCCAUCCUUGUCUGAUGGUAAAUAGGAG